CAAACCCCAACGAGACAUGAAUUGAGCGAACCCUGGUCAACUACAUGAUAGCUGAUGCUUUAGAUUAUGAAAAAGAAUGGUCGUCCUCAAUUUCACGCUUACACCUGAGGCAGCGGCCAAGGUGCACGAUCUUCUCGUUUGUCUCGGAAAAUUCAGCGACGCGGUUGCCAUCGAAGCGCGUCGCGACAGAUUCACAUUCACCGCUCUUAAUUCCUCCAAGUCCGCCUAUGCCGCCUUGACUCUUGAUGGAAAACAAUUCUUUAUUAGCUAUGAAUGCAUACCUAGCCACGGAGGUCCUGAUGGUCGAUUCACGUGUAGCAUGUAUACGAAAGCACUCCUAUCUGUCUUCAAAGGCCGACUUUACGAUCCACUGGGUAGAGAUGGAGCCAUCGAUCGCUGUGAGGUUAGCGUCCAGGAUAGGCCAGAUCAAGCCGAAUGCCGAUUCAUCGUUAAGAUGGUGUGCAACCAAGGGGUCAUCAAGACGUACAAACUUACCUACGAAGCUGUUGAGGUGAUGCACGCGCUGUUUGACAAAAACGUUGCCAAGAACAGGUGGAGUAUGCAUUCAAGUGCAAUGAAAGAGUACAUCGAGUACUUCGGUACUAAGACCGAGAUGCUGGAUAUCUUCGCUGGCGAAGACGGACGCGCCGUGUUCAAAAGUUACACCGAAAAAAUCUCGAAUGGGAAAGAGAUCCUCAAGCAUCCGCUUGUUACUGCUGUUGCAGUCAACACGUCUGACUUCGAGGACUUUAACGUCCAACCCGGCCUCCACAUCAUUAUCAGCGUCAAGGAUUUCAAGGCCAUUGUCAUCCACGCGGACACGCUCAAGACAAACCUAAAAGCAUACUAUUCCCAGCCGACUCGCCCUCUACAGUUUAACUACGGAUGCGACGGUUUCUUAUGCGAAUUCACUCUCAUGACAUCAGGUGACUAUGCCGGUUUAACGCCAACUCCAGCGCCCCAGAUAUCCAGUAGAUCCGACUCCCGAGCUCAAUCCACCACGUCUGAGAGAACAGAGAACCGGGGCAAAAGGCCUGAAAUGCCCCCACCGGCUGAGCCAGCAUCACGUCGAACAGCGCGGCGGCGCAAUCCAGGGUCAAGGAGAGCGAAGUCGCCGAAGCAAGGGGAUCCGGAUCCAGAGAGUUUGUUCGUAGGGAGAGAGGAGGAAGAUAGGAGUUGGGAUCCGGUUGAUUAUAAUAAUGAAGAAGAGACCCUUGGGUGGGACGCGAGUGCUGAUCACGAGGCUGCCAUCUUCCCUACAUUUCGAGACAGUGGGAGCCUGUCACGGACAGAAACGGAGGAUAAUAAUGAGGCUGUGGCGCCAACACAGCGAGUAUCUCAGAUCAAGGGGUUAUGGUAGACGAAGACGUGAGGCAGUGUGCUCUGUAGAACGGGUGUUGAAAUUAGAUUAACUCUCUCUACUUGGUCAGGGCAAAGCGAUCAAGACGCCAUUUUGCUAUGGUAAAGUUUUGUGGUUGCGACAGCAUGUUCCCCGUAAGAAAGGGUGGCAAGGCUAGACAGC